AGCUUUCAAUAGCACGUAGUAUACCUUCAGUUCUGUUUUACAUUUUGACUGCGAUAGAUUGAAUAAAUCCGUUCUGUUGGCAAUGAAUCUUCGAAUUUUCGCAUUUUUGUGUGCGUUGGCCACAACAAUCCAUGGAUAUAAUGUGUUAGUGAUGGUGCCUAUAAAUGGGAAAAGCCAUUGGAAUUACAUGGAAGUGUUCGUUAAGGAGCUGAUUAAUCGUGGACAUCAAGUGACUUGCAUCACGAGCAUAACUAUCAGUGGACCGAAACCUGAUAACUACACUGAAAUUCUUAUCGAUCCACCGUUUAACUUGCAGAAUAUCAUAAAACAUGAGGAUAUGUUUUCGACCGUUUCGGAUUCACCAUUCAAAACAGCAGCAAUAUUUCCAAUGUUUGCUAACAUGUCAACUGACUAUGCGCUUAGCAGCAAAAAUGUUCAAGAAUUUAUCAAGCGGACCGAUUUAUAUUUCGAUUUGGUUAUAAAUGAGGAAAUCUAUCACGAUGUAUUUCUUAUGUUUGGAAAGAAAUUCAAUGCACCAGUGGUGACGAUUUGUCCUUAUGGAAUCGCCAACUUUUUCGAUUACGACAUGGGCCUCACAACACCACUUUCCCAUAUAAGUCAUACAAUGCUUACAUUUACCGAUAAAAUGGACUUCAGCCAGAGAUGGUAUAAUGCCAUGCUCUCUUUAUAUGAUUACAUUUUACAUCGUUUCAUUCACAUUUCGGCGCAAACCAAAAUUCUCAAGCGGCAUUUUGGUCACAUGGAGCCGUUGCCAUCGAUUGAUGAGCUUCGCAAGAAUAUUUCUCUGAUUUUUGUCAACGCACACCGAAGCAUCACGUAUCCACGUCCUUCGAUGCCCGGGUUGAUCUUUAUUGGUGGGGCACACAUCAAACCACCGAAGCCACUGCCAAAUAAUAUUCAGCAAUUUUUAGACGAAGCAAAGCACGGUGUUAUCUACUUUAGUUUAGGAACUGUUGUUAAUACGUCAAAAAUGCCAAAAGAAAAACUUCAAGUAUUUUUAGACACUUUCCGGAGGUUGAAGCAAAGAGUCAUUUGGAAAUUAGAAAAUGAAUCUAUUCCAAACUUGCCGAAAAAUGUGAUGGUAAAAAAAUGGUUGCCUCAGACCGAUAUACUCGCCCACAAAAAUAUCGUUCUUUUCAUUUCGCAUGGCGGCAUGUUUUCAAAUUUCGAGGCUAUCAAUUACGGUCAUCAGCUAUUGGUGAUUCCAUUUGUGGGCGAUCAAUACAGAAAUGCAAUUCGAGUGGCAAGCACUGGAUAUGGAAAGUUCAUGGAUUUCAGAGACAUAACAAACGAGUCCUUGUAUGGUACCAUCAAUGAAAUGUUAACGGAUGACGUGUAUUCGAAGAAGGCAAAAGAGAUCUCAGCGAUAUUCAGGGAAAAUCAAGUCCACCCGAUGGACGAUUUCAUUUGGUGGAUUGAGUAUGUCAUAAAAUUUCGAGGAGCGAAACAUCUGAAGUCCGUUGCUGCCGACAUGCCAUUGUUUUCUUACCUACUAUUGGACGUGAUAUUGGUCAAUUUGUUCGCAGUCUCAGCUGUUAUAUUUGGUGUUUAUUUCUUUAUAAAUAGAGUUUUGUUCAGGAAGAAGAGUAUCGCAUUGGAUAAAAAACAACAAUAAAUGAAUAGAAUAGACUUAAGCUUCAACUUCUCCAAGCUAAGAUAGUAGUUAACUAAAUAAAAUACCCGCACAAAAUAGAAGCAGUUGGUAACACAUUUUUAAAUUAUGAAAAAG